AUGGUCAAUCCCACCGUGUUCUUCGACAACGCCUUCGACGGCGAGUCCUUGGGCCACGUCUUCUUCGAGCUGUUUGCAGACAAAGUUCCAAAGACAGCAGAAAACUUUCGUGCUCUGAGCACUGGAGAGAAAGGAUUCGGUUAUAAGGAUUCCUACUUUCAUAGAAUUAUUCCAGGGUUUAUGUGCCAGGGUGGUGACUUUACACACCAUAAUGGCACUGGCGGCAAGUCCAUCUGCACUACUAAGACUGAAUGGUUGGAUGGCAAGCAUGUGGUUUUUGGCAAGGUGAAAGAGGGCAUGAAUGUUGUGCAAGCCAUGGAGGGCUUUGGGUCCAAGAAUGGCAAGAACAGCAAGAAGAUCACCAUUGCUGACUGUGAACAACUCUAA